GUUGCUGGGUUCAGAUGGCCGAAGAAGCUUAAUCGUCCUUAGUGGCGUUACAUGGCGGAGAGAGUCAAGGCACCCUGGAAUUCUCUAAAACCCAAUCCGGGAAAAACAUCUUUCAGGAUGACUACCGGAACACCAGGAAUAACCAUCUUAUCACUUGGGCUUCUUAUCUGUCUUCUAAUGGCAAACUGCUCACAGCAGUGCAUAAUAGUACAUAACUUGGCGUACUGUAGUGGAAAGCGUCUGGCGCAGGUGCCCCCACUGCCCCCCAGUAUUACCCACUUGGACCUCAGUUUAAACUACAUUCAUCAUCUCAGUGAAGAGUCUUUCAUAGGCCUGGAGUACCUUGUCUAUCUCGACCUUGGAUCACAGCGUGUCGGACGUCUCGUCAUCCAGAACAAUGCUUUCAGAGGGUUGUACAACCUAACGUUUCUUCACUUGGGGGACAACAGGGGAAUGCACAUUGAGACGGAUGCAUUUCAGGGCCUGUCAAAUCUCCGGACUCUUGUUCUGUUGCACUGUGGCCUUGAUGAGCGCAUUCUUUCAGGCAACUAUCUGCGGCCUCUGCUGUCUCUUCAGGAGCUGAAUCUCUUUGGUAACAAGAUAAAGCAAUUCACGCCAGCUAUGUUCUUCAGAAAUAUGACAAGUCUUAGUGAUUUAGAUCUCUCCAUUAAUCGAAUGAAACCUAUAUGUGAGACUGAUUUAGUUGCCUUUCAGGAUAAACAUUUUCAAAAUCUAAAAUUAUCCACCACUGUCGAUCUUGCUUACAUGAAUCCGUCAGAUUUCAACUGGACAAACUGUGGAAACCCCUUUAAGAACAUAUCGUUUGACACCCUUGAUUUAUCUAAUAAUGGACUCGGAACUGAAAGAGCAACACAGUUCUUUUCUGCAAUUAAAGGCACAAAGAUCAACCAUCUUAUUUUCAGUUCAAAUAAUAUGGGUCCAGGAUAUGGAUUCAACAACUUCAAGGAUCCAGACAGAUUCACCUUUGAGCCUCUAAAAUCCAGUGGCAUUAAAAUCAUCGAUUUGUCCAACAACUAUAUCAACAUUUUAAAGUGGGCUGUGUUCAGAUCAUUAUCUGAUGUGGUGAGCAUGUCUUUGGCAGACAAUAAAAUUAAUCAGUUUGAGAAGGGUGCAUUUGUUGGACUUACACAUUUGCAGAGGCUUAACCUCUCCAAUAAUCUCAUAGGAGAAAUUUACAGACACACUUUCCAGAAUAUGCCCAACCUAAUAUUGCUAGAUUUGACAAAUAAUCACAUUGGUGUAGUUCAGCAUGAGUCAUUUUCAGAGUUGUCCAGUCUGCUUGCAUUGGAUCUCACAGGAAACUCCCUCACGUCAGUCUAUACCUUUGCACGCUUGCCGAAUCUGCAAGAGCUGCACCUGGAUGACAACAAAAUCGAUUUGUUAUACAAACUAGGGGAUGUUGCAAGCAGUGUAACCACACUCAAGGUAAAUAAAAACCGCCUCAGGAAUAUGGAAGACUUGUACAUCAUACUAGCUACCUUUCCCAAUGUUGUAGCACUCAAUUUCAGUGAUAACUUCUUUUCAUAUUGUGCCCAUAAUUCAAACGAUUCAAUACCAUCUAGUAACAGAUUGACUGUUCUGGAUUUGCGCAACAGUGCUUUGCAGUUUAUAUGGGGGAGUAGGCUGUGCCUAGAUUUAUUUGACCAUCUCAAUAAAGUACAGAAUUUGUACCUUAGUUUUAAUCUACUGGAGUCCCUACCAGAGGGCAUUUUUAAAGGCCUAACAUCUCUUAAUUAUUUGGACCUGUCACAUAACUCUCUGACACAUCUUAAACGGGACGUAUUCCCGUUGAGCCUCAAGUUUCUGGAUUUUUCCUACAACCUCCUCAGUAGUCCAGACCCAGAGGUGUUUCGCUCCCUCGUCGCUGUCGACCUGAAAGUGAACCGUUUCUACUGUGACUGUUACCUGAGGGACUUUCAGGCUUGGGCCAGCAACACCACUGUCGAGUUUGAGACCAAGCUCUCAGACCUGCAGUGCGAGUUUCCCAGGGAGCUGCGAGGCGUGGCCCUCUCCAACUUCACAUCUGACCAGUGCGAGGAGGAUGACGAGCAGCUGGUGCAGGCGCUGCAGUUCAUCCUGUUCGUAAGCUGUUCCACGUUCCUCGUGACCCUCACCCUUGGCACGAUCGGCUUUGCCCGAUUCCGGGGGCACGCCUUCACCCUUUACAAGAAGCUGAAGAUGAGAAUCAUCCAGGGACAGCCCCAGGUUCCACCGGAACUCGACAACCUCCAGUACGACGUCUAUCUAUGCUUUGCAGAGAAAGACUUUGUCUGGGUGGAGUCAGCUCUGCUGCAGAGAUUGGACUCGCAGUUCGCCGAGCACAAUCAGCUGCGCUGUUGCUUCGAGGCGCGGGACUUUAUCCCGGGCGAGGAUCACCUAACCAACAUCAGGAGUGCCAUAUGGGGCAGCCGGAAGACACUGUGUGUGGUGUCUAAGGAGUUCCUGAAGGACGGCUGGUGCCUAGAGGCCUUCAUGCUGGCCCAGGGGAGGAUGCUGGAGGAACUCAAAGACGUUUUGGUCAUGGUCAUCGUUGGUAGUAUACCCCCUUUCCGACUGAUGAAGUACGAGCCAGUCAGAACAUUCGUAAAGAAUCGAGAAUACCUUCAGUGGCCGGACGACUACCAGGACAGAGAGUGGUUCUUUGACAGGCUCAUAGUGAAGAUAUUUAAGGACUCAAAGGUCAAAUGCCCCAAGAGACAAAAUGAUGGACCAGAGAUUGAGUUAAAUGUAGUCAGACAAGUCGGGAUUUGAUACCUUUUUUUGCGUAGUUUUUUUUAAUGGCGGUACAUCCCACAAACUCAAACCUUCCAGCAUGGCACAGAUUAUCGAACUCUAGAGGCCCUGAAAUGCCAUGGAUCUUUUCUGGCAUAGCUGGUGUUUGUCAAAAGUUUUUCUUGUUUGAAUGACAGCCAGCAACAGGCUGCUGGUUAAGGUUGUAUUGCAAAGUACCAAGGUACUGUAUAUCAAUCAAGGGCCUGAUUUAGAUACUUGUGCCAAAGCAAUGGGAGCGUGGUUACCCAGAUCUACUACCAGUCCUCUGCUUUGAGAAUCUGUAAGGAAAUGGCUGAAUAAGAAAAGGCCCAUCCAUUCACAGACCUUGCCAAUUAUACUGCACAAAUAUUCUCACUCUCAGUUUGCUUCAGUGUGUUCAGAAUGUGGUUCUUUUUUUGUACUUUUGUUGCCUUGAGAUGUUAUUUUUUAUAUAUUGAUUUUGAUGCAUAACGUGUGGAAGCAAGCCUUUCUCCUUUUUUAAAAUGACCUUUGUCUUUUCAGAAUAAUGAAUCUCAUAUGCCCAGGAGAUCAUAUUCUUUCCCACGGAUUGAAAGAAUACUCAAGUUUGUUCUGUUUUUUCCACCACUAGAGGGUACUAUAAGCUUUGUGUGCAGUUUUUCAACCAAAAGUACAUUAAUAAAUAAAACUAUGUGGUCAUGUUUGAACCCCGUAGAAUAAUAUAUUUCAAAAGCAGAAUUUCGUAAGAAUCCUUUAGUUGUCUUGAGCCAUGAUGAUAUUCGUUGGUGAUUUGUAAUUUCUCUCUUUUUUUUUUUUUUGCUCCUUUCAUAACACAUCUUGUGCAACUGUUAGUAUUUUCAAAUCAGAGCUUCCCAUUAUCUCACUUUCACACGUUCCUCAUUGGAGACCACACGUUACAAAACAGGAUGUCAUAAAGGGGAAAUUCGUUUUCAGAGAGAACACAGAUCAGUGUUGUUAAUGACAGGCAUGAUCCAGAGGAAGUUGUCCUUAAAGUUGUGUUUUUUUUUUUGUUUUUUUUUAAAUAAAUAUUUGCAUUCGC